AUGCCAAAGAAUACAUUAUAUGUUACAGGAUUCUCAAAAGAAUCUAAGGCAGCUGAUUUAGCUCCAGAUUUUGAAAAAUAUGGUGAAUUAGUCAGAUUAGACAUCCCCCCACCCAGAACCGACGACGGGGAAAAAUACGCAUUUGUAGAAUAUAAAGAUGCAGAAAGUUGUGAAAAAGCUUUGGAAUUAGAUGGGAAAACAUUACCCUAUUCCUUAAAAGAUGGACUUGUUGUUCAAGUCGCCAGAUCCGAUCCAUAUUCCGUUAGAACCAGAGGUGGAUUCAGAGGUAGAGGUGGAUACGGAUAUGCUCCAAGAGGUGGUGCCUAUAGUAGUGCUCCAAGAGGGGGAUAUGGUAGUUAUGGUCCACCUAGAGGUGGUAGAGGUGGAUAUGGUGGAUAUCGUGGAGAUUAUGGCAGUGGUUCCCGCGGUGGAUAUGGCGGAUAUCGUGGUGAUUAUGGCUAUGGUGGCGGCCGUGGUGGUGGAUAUGGUGGAUAUCGUGGUGAUGGUGGAUACAGAGGUGGUCGUGGUGGAAGUUAUGGUAGUGAUAGGGGUGAAUACCGUAGUAGCCGUGGUCCUACUUAUGACAAUAGAGCCGAUAGAUAUAGAGAUGAUCGUGAAGGAGGAGAGAGAAGAGGUGGUGAACAACGUGAAGGUGGUGAUAGAGGAAGUAGAGAUGGUGAUUAUGGAAGAGGGAAAUAUUCCAGAUCGCCUUCUAGGUCUCCACCAAGAAGAGAAAGAUCAAGAUCUCCAGAACGUUAUUAA